AUGAAGUUGCUGUACGUGUGCUGUACCUUCCUGCUGGCGAUGGUGGCAUUUGGCAGCCUCGAAGCUGUCCCGGUGGAGCAGGUGGAGCAGGACGGGGCGAUGGUGGUGAUGGACGAUCCGAUGCAGGAUCAGCAACCACUCACGCUGGAAGACAUGGUUGCGGUUAACGAUCAGACCGUGAUGGAUCUGGGCGAGGUGGCUCGGGAGAAGCGACACCACCGGUACGGUGGCUACGGUGGUUAUGGCGGAUAUCGAGGCGGAUACGGUGGAUACGGUGGAUACGGAGGCUAUGGUGGCUAUGGAGGCUACAGAGGGGGAUAUGGGUAUGGUGGUCACCGUGGCGGAUACGGCGGUUAUCGUCGUGGAGGAUACUACUGA